UGCUAGUUCUGAGGUCACAUGACGCGGAUGUGGUACGGCUGAAAUGCGGAAGGAGGUGCUCUCACAUGAACAAAAACUGGCCGAAACUUUUCAGAAAAGCAAGAAGUAACUAAUGGACUUCAACAUAGACAUUGAAAGCAUCUUAGAAACGCAAAAACUUUAGAGUGACUGUAAUAAAAGAACUGCCAAAUGAAAGCCUUGCUCAUCACCACUGAAAGCGCUGAGGUCCUCUUCCACUGGACUGACCCUGGGUUCCAGCUCAAUAUCCAGCGGCAGUAUGGCGCGGCCCAGGAGGAAGGCCAGAAGCUUCCAGAUUUUGAGGACAGUAUCAGCACUUUGUUCGCUCCCAUCAUCAUCUCCUGCAGCUCUAUGGUGGACAGGCUGGGUGACAGCUACACUUGCUUCACCACAGAGAACAACCACACCUAUGUACUACACCAGUUUGACGAGUGCCUCUACAUUGCUGUGAACGGAGAUGGCGAGGAGGAUGAGGAUGAUCUGAGGAGAAAGAUCUACGUGACUAAGAAGAUGACCGAGGUGCUUUUCGGCAUGGUCACCCUCAGCGGUAACCUGAUCAGGAGAGAGCUGCGCCCUCAAGACACAGAGCAAAGGGCUCGUCUGUGGAAACAUCUCCAGAGUUUGCUGGACACCUAUAACCAUCUCAGAGAGAAUGACCAGAGCUUCUUAGUGGAGGCGGUGGAGAGGCUGAUCCAUCCCACGCUGUGCGAGCAGUGCAUCGAGUUCCUGGAGCGCCGUUUAGUUCAGCAGCUCAACAGCAGUGUGGAGAGGGCGGGAGAGGAGGUGCAGCAUGCUUUCAUCCUGGUGCACACCAAACUUCUGGCCUUCUACUCCAGCCGCAGUGCGAGCACACUCGCCACUUCAGACCUCUUGGCCCUCAUUCUCUUGGCCCAAAACAUGUAUCCUAGCAACAUGGACCAAGAUGACCACACAUCUGAGGAUAGUACAAGUGGCUCAGGCCCAGAGAGCUUUUACACACCUCAGCCUUCCCCUACUGACUCGAGCAGUUCAGAAAAACAAGCAAGAGAAGAUGCCACCGAGUUUGAGUUUGUGGAUCCAGACAUUCACAUGGCAGAAGACAGCUUGCACACUUUGGAUGUCCCUCCCCCUGACCCGUCCACGCCUCGCAGGGUUUUCCUAGAAGUGUCCCACAAGGACGGGCUGUAUCCCAUGAUGCCUCACUCCAUGUACUGUCUGCCGCUAUGGCCCGGCAUCACCCUGGUGCUGCUCACUAAGAUACCCACCAGUGCAGUGGCAGCAUCCGUCUACAUGUUCCUGGAGGCCUUUGCCAAGCUGGAGAAGCGUUUGAAUGAAGGCCAGGAAGGAUCAUCUGCUACUAGAAGUCAACCGACAAUACACGACGUCAGAAGCAAACUGGACAAGUUCAUUAAAGCUCUCGGGCCCAGUGACAUUCAAUCUUGCCAGUUACAAAAUGUCUGGAGCGAGUUCAAGAACCGAGCCUUUUCCCGAGGUGGACCUGGCUUCAACAGAGAUCUCAUCCCGUGGUGUAAGAACAUGAAGACACAGCUGUGUGGCAUUUACCGCCAGUGCUUCCUCAUCGAGUCCAGACCGGCUGACGCUCCUCGGAAACUCUCGCCCAUUCUGCAGGAGCGAGCCCAGGCCAUGUUGCAGGAAAAGCUGAUCGACUGGAAGGACUUUUUACUUGUGAAAAGCAAGCGAAACAUUACCAUGGUGUCGUACCUGGAGGACUUCCCAGGCCUCAUCCACUUCAUCUGCGUGGAUCGAUCCACAGGCCAGAUGAUCGCGCCGUCCCUCAAUGUCACCGAGCGCACAACAUCGGAGCUGGGCAAGGGGCCGGUGGCUCAGUUUAUCAAAAACAAGGUUUGGAAGCUGGUGAGCACAACGCGGCGCUACCUCCAAAAGGGUUACUCCACAGUCACGCUGCGAGAUGGCGACUUCUAUUUCUGCUACUUCCUCUGGUUUGAAAAUGAAACCGGCUACAAGUUGGAAGCGAUGGAAAUGCCUAUCUUACCCGAUGACUCUGCCCCCAUUGGGAUGCUUGCAUGGGACUACUACAGGAAGCUGCUGCGCUACUACAGUAAGACCCACCAGGGCGAGGUGGUGAAAUGCUACGAGCUGCUCACGGUGCACCUGGGCGUCAUCCCCACUGACAUCAUUCUGCAGCACUGCAGACAGCUGGCCAGCAAGCUGUGGGAGCCCUCGCGGAACCCACUCCUCUAGACAGUCAGCUAAGAGCAUGGCGCAUACUUUAUGAUGAACCCUUCACUCUUUUGCACAUUUUAAUAUUUUAUGAAUACACCUUCAUGACAGUCUUCUUUUUGUUUCACCUCGUUUUCUGCUUACAUAAUUAAUUUGACCGUAUUUGAUGUAGUGAAUGAAACAUGCAAUGCGAUACACCAUAAACGAGCUCCGGUGACAAUAAUA